GAGCACAACACACUCACACGUACCAAAACAGGAAAAUUUAUUUACAUUUUCUCUCCCACUACUUGAAACACACGACCUACACCACCAACCCCAAACACCGCCUCCUCCUUCUCUAACAUGGCCAUCUCCGCCUGUUUCUUCACCGCCUCUCUCUCAAACUCCAACCCCAAACUCGAUCUCCACCUUCCAUUUGUCCCUUCUCAUUCUUCACCACCUCAUCACCUCCGCAUCUCUCUUCCUUCCCCCUCUCCUCUCUCUCUCCGCCAACACUACCACCGCCACCACAACAACAGCGAUCCCCUCCUCCCUCUCUUUGUUCCUUUUGUUAGUGGCGGAGAUGGCGGCGGCAGCUUCAACAAUAACAACGGCGGCGGCGGCGGCGGCGGCGGUGAUAAUGAUGGAAAUGCAGGUGAUAGGAAUAGAGAGGAAGUGAUACUGGUAUUAGCGGAGGCUAAACGGUCAAUAGAUAGCUUACCUAAGGAUUUAGCAGCUGCGAUCCAGGCUGGCAGAAUUCCAGGUGCGGUUGUUUCGAGGUUUUUAGCGCUUGAAAACUCUGGCCUAUUUCGGUGGUUGCUUCAGUUCGGUGGAUUUAAGGAGAGGCUUUUAGCUGAUGAUCUUUUUUUAGCCAAGGUCGGGAUCGAAUGCGGCGUUGGUAUCUUUACUAAGACUGCUGCAGAAUAUAAUCGUCGUAGAGAGAAUUUUUUCAAGGAGCUUGAAAUUGUCUUUGCAGAUGUGGUGAUGGCCAUAAUUGCAGAUUUCAUGCUUGUUUAUCUUCCUGCUCCGACUGUGUCCCUCCGGCCACCUCUUGCAGGCACUGCUGGACCUAUUGCAAAGUUCUUCCACAAUUGCCCUGAUAAUGCGUUCCAGGUUGCUCUUGCUGGAACUUCCUAUUCAUUGUUGCAGAGGUUAGGCGCAAUAGUGCGCAAUGGGGCAAAACUGUUUGCUGUUGGCACCACCUCAUCACUGGUUGGUACAGCUGUGACAAAUGCAUUGAUCAAUGCUCGGAAAGCUGUUGAUAAGUCUUCAGCUGGUGAAGUUGAAAAUGUGCCUAUAGUUUCCACCAGUGUUGCCUAUGGCGUCUAUAUGGCAGUUUCUAGCAACCUCAGGUAUCAAGUACUGGCUGGUGUUAUUGAACAGCGGAUUCUGGAACCUCUAUUGCAUCAGCACAAGCUCAUGCUUAGUGCAAUUUGUUUCGCGGUUCGAACGGGCAAUACAUACUUGGGUUCAUUACUGUGGGUGGAUUAUGCACGCUUGAUAGGAAUUCAAAAGGCUCAGGAGGAGCAGAAGGAGCUGGCAUGAUUUAGAACGGAUCCAGGAAAUAUUUAUUUGCAUGUUACAGUAGUACGGCGUAGCAUAUCAGCUGCAAAUUUUGGGGAGUGCUGGAAUUCCAGUUUUUUGAAAAUCCAUACGUCAGAAUUAGUCGAUAAAGCUGACAGUUUGUAAUGUUUUCCUUUUAUCAUUAUAGAUUGUGCUAUGGGAGUACGUUAAAUUUGAAGAUUCUAGUCCUUGUAGUUCAAGAAAUGAAAUAUAUGUAUAUUCUGCUUUCCAUUUCCCGAA